GAUUAAUUUUAAUUUAGGAAUAUAAUUCUAAAAAAAAAAGAAGGAAUAUUUAGUCAGUAAUUAUUCGAAUAUUUAUUUGAGUUUAUAAUCGUUUUUAUUUAAUUUAAUGAUUAAUAUUAAAAGCAAUUUUGUUUUUUGAUUAAAGUAUUGAUUAGAAGUAGCAAUUGCAAUUCCCAUCAACACUGAGAAUCUGAAUGCGAAUGGGAAUGGCAUACCAAUCAAGAGCAAGAAAAAGGGUCCGGGCGAAUGCGAUUCCCAUCCGCCGCGCUCCAGACGGCAGCGCCUUCCGCAAAUGUGAAAGCUGUGGCAUCUCCGUCGCCCUUGCUUUGGCUGAUAUGCACCACUGUCACUCUCCAUUGCCCAAGAAUCCCACAAACAAACUCAUAAUUCAAUGGCCCAGAUCACCUUUUCAUUUUUUUAUGGAGGAGUUUGUAAAGACGUGUAGUGAAGGCAACUUGAUCGAGAAAGAUAACAAAGGAUGUGAAACGUGGAAGAAUAUGUCAACAAAGGAGAGACAGCCCUUUGUUGAUCAAGCAGUUAAACUAGAUGAAGCCUAUGCGAGGCUUUUGCACGACGAGGAAAAUGAGAUUCAACGGGUGGAUGAUGAAGCAGAUUCAGCUGAGGUUGGCAAAUGUGAUGAGAGGUAUGAAGCGUCAACGAUGAAUUACUAUGACUCUGAAAGCUCCUACUGGUCUCUUCCUGUCCCAAACACCAUGAACAAGUUUUGUUGAAGAUGGAAGAUGACUUGACAAUGUGCUAAUGUUUUUUGUUUUGGAGGACUUUAAUUAUGUGAAUAGAGUGAAAUCCCUCCAACUGGAACUGGCCAUAUAUUGGAUGGAAAUAUGCAAAUAUAACAUGUUUUGGUUUUGCUUUUGGCAAGCUUUCUACAAGAGCAUAAUAGCAUGGCUGAUAAUUUCUCAAAUGAUUGUAUUUCAUUUGAAAAUUGUAAGUGUCUGGGCCGAUUAUCGUUUGGUAUGAUUUGACAUUGAUUAAUCUCAAAAUUGCUGCUAGUACAUACUUUAA